AAAAUGGUCGACAAGGGUGAAGGCGACAACCGCUAUCAAGAAUUGAAAGACGGUAUCUACCACGGCUACCAGCCAUUACGAGCCAGAAAGACCCUAACAUACUCGUAUACACCCGAAUUUAUGCCUGGAGCUUUAAAUAUUGCAGUAGCACGUGACAUUGACUCGAUACCUUCUGGACCUAAGGACGCUGGAGACUACCAGAUGAUUACUGCCCACAAAGUAAAUCGUGCACCUAAACCAGAAGACCCAUAUGCAUGGAGCGCUCCAAAAGUGGCAGCACAGGACGAUUAA